AGGAGGCAGAAUUAUCAAAGACAAACUGUUUAUGUUUAUGGUGUAAAAUAGAAGAAUAAAAAGCAGGAGGAGACUGUCGGAAUGUAUUAUUGUUUCUGUUGGUAAAAUUAUCGCGGAGGAGGUAUACACACACCGCGCUGUGCGCAGUAUAAUGGUAAUAUGUGGCGGAACUACAAAUGGAGACAGCGUUUCAGCUCGGACACAUUUCCCAGCUCAUGUCCCGCAGUGCUGUAGUGUGUUUUGUUGCGUGUGUAGUCCGAUCAGCGCUGGAUUGACUGGAAUCUUUGCAGCUCACUUAUCUAAACGUGGCAUGUCUCAGGACAGUCAACAUGGCAGGUGGACCAUUUCCAGCAGCGAAGAUGAGGAAGAGGCUCUUCCUCUUUCUGGCACUACAACAUCUAAGCCUCAGCAACCUGCUGUAUCCAGCCACAUCCCACAUCAGAGUGCCUCUCCCCUUGGCCCUGAACCUGGAUCAGUCACUGCACAGGUGAAACCUGAACCAGCUCAGUCUCCUGUAUCCUCACUUGCUAUUGGCUCUGAGGCCCGACAGUUAGCUGCAAAGAACCAGCUAAAUCCAGUGAAGUAUGAAACUAGUCCUUCAUUGGCUGGAAAGCGGAAGAAAGAGGUGCCAGAUGGUUCAGGCUGGGCUCUCUCAGACAGUGAUGAUGAUGGUGAUGUGAAGAAGAAAGGUGUCAGUAAUUUGCCAAAAAGUACACCUCCAAGUCCCAAAGCUAAGAAACCAAAGGUGAAGACCGAGCGACCCCCCAGCCCUCACGGCAGACUCUACUACGUCGAUGAGCCAGAUGAUUUCUUUGAGUCCAGUAUUCCUUGUUUGAAUGACCCCUACAGGUUUUACCUCAACAAGGUCACAGGCCUGGACAGGAAGUAUAACAGUGGAGCGCUGCACAUAAGAGACAUCCUCUCCCCAUUAUUUGGAACCUUGAAAGAAUCUGUUCAGUUUAACUACUGCUUUGAUAUUGCCUGGAUGGUUGAACAGUAUCCUUCAGAGUUCAGGGAUCGUCCCGUUCUGAUUGUCCAUGGAGAUAAGAGAGAGGCCAAGGCCCGCCUGGUCCAGCAGGCUCAGCCUUUUCCACAUGUUAAAUUCUGCCAGGCCAAGCUGGAUAUUGCCUUUGGAACUCACCACACUAAGAUGAUGUUGCUUUGGUAUGAGGAAGGCUUCAGAGUCAUUAUUACGACCUCUAACCUCAUCAGAGCUGACUGGUACCAGAAAACACAAGGGAUGUGGAUGAGCCCUCUGUUUCCACGGUUACCAAAGGGCAGCAGUGCGAGUGCAGGUGAGUCGCCCACCUUCUUUAAGAGAGACCUGCUGGAAUACCUGGCAUCGUACCGCGCACCAGAGCUGGAGGAGUGGAUCCAACGGAUCAAAGAGCAUGACUUGUCGGAGACCAGGGUUUAUCUGGUUGGCUCGACACCAGGCAGGUAUGUUGGCUCUGACAUGGAACGCUGGGGUCACCUGAGGCUGAGGAAGCUGUUGUAUGACCACACAGAGCCGAUUCCUGGUGAGGAACGGUGGCCUGUGAUUGGCCAGUUUUCCAGCAUUGGCUCAAUGGGACUGGAUAAGACCAAAUGGUUGACAGGGGAAUUUCAGCGCACCAUGACCACAUUGGGAAAAUCCUCUCUUCGGUCAGACCCCCCCAUGCACUUGCUGUAUCCAUCAGUUGAAGAUGUGAGGACUAGUUUAGAAGGUUAUCCAGCGGGAGGUUCUCUUCCCUACAGCAUACAAACGGCUCAGAAACAGCUUUGGCUCCACUCCUUCUUUCAUCGCUGGAUGGCGAAUACAACAGGACGAAGUCACGCGAUGCCACACAUCAAGACGUACAUGAGGGCGUCACCAGAUUUCACGCAGCUCGCUUGGUUUUUUGUCACAAGUGCCAACCUGUCCAAGGCAGCGUGGGGGGCACUGGAGAAGAACAACACUCAGAUAAUGGUUCGUUCAUAUGAGCUGGGAGUCCUCUAUGUGCCGUCUGCCUUUGGCAUGAAGACUUUUCCCGUUCAUAAAAAUCCAUUUCCUGCCUCCUCCUCAUCAUCCUUCAGUUUCCCUGUGCCCUUUGACCUCCCACCUACAUGCUAUUCUCCUAAAGAUCAGCCUUGGAUCUGGAACAUUCCGUACAACCAAGCUCCCGACACACAUGGCAACAUCUGGGUUCCCUCCUGAAAACACACACACACGCACAUACACACAGCUAUUGAGCUCUAUUCAUUUCAACAGCCUGACCAAAGUGUUGUCCCUAAUCUUAACCAUAACCAGUUAAUACCUAACCACAAAACCACAAAUCUUG